AUGCGCAAGAAGCGGGCUAACGGCUCCUUGUCGCCUCUCUCUAUCUUCCUCUCAUCCUACUAUAUUAGCGUGCUUUCGCUGGCCCCGUCGGUCUCUGAGGGCGCUAUCGCUGUCCGCGUAAAGUCCGUCCUGCAGUCACACUCCGCCAAGCCGAAUUAUACUGGAGAGAGUGCGUUCCUUGUCGCCGAGCGCGUUGGGAAGCAGGAGGCGUGCGAGUAG